AAUUUAAAUAAUGGUCCUUGGUUGGCAUUGAUGGUUCCAUGAGGAAACUUUGACAUCGAUGGAAAAUAUUCAGCUCACAAAAGAGUGAAUUUCUUUACAUUGGAAAAUUAGUCACCGUCUAAUAUACUUAAACAACCUUGCACUGAAAGGUUUUUGGGGAACUCAAAAAGGUUCAUAAACCCCUUAUCUGGUUCUUCUUUGCACCUUUAUUUUUAAGAGUGCAACAUGAACUUCAAUAGUCUUGCAUGCAUUGAGUUGCACAACAUAUGCAAGAUUCCUUUUCUGCAAAGUGCAUAGUUUGCAUGUCAUCGUGUUAUAGCCUGGAGGCUUUUGGCCUGAGCUGCAAUCAACAGGGGGAGAAACAAAACACGUUUUUCAGUGCAAAACAGAACAUGAACCGUCAAGUGUCUUGUUUCAAAUGCUAGAUAGUCAAUUCGUCUCUACUUCAUGCUCAGGUCUUUCUCUCUGUCGCCAAGUCUUACUUCUCUUUUUGCUGGUAGUCAACAGGAAAUGUGCAAAACCACAGACUGUGUUAAACAAACAGGCCGCCAGUUUCAACAUGCAAGUAAGCGUCAGCAGCACACAUUUUUAAUACUUAAGAUUUUUUAAAAAGCUUGGCAUUAAAGCCUACAUUUAUUUAACCAAGCUAACUACAUUAAACAUUCCUAUAAUGCAUUUCUGUACAUGCAGUUACUCAACUAGAUCAACUGAAAUGAGCCAAAUGAAGAGGGGUGGAUCGUGGCCAUAAGAGAGAGGAACAGGAAGAGACAGAUCAAGCAGACUGUGAGAGUUGUCGAUGCAUCGUGUCAGCUUUUAGCUCUUUUCAGAUUCGUUUGUCAGAUGUAGUUUUGCCUGAGAUAUGUGGGAGUUAAUGCAUGUCCGUACACGGAGGUGAGAUGCAUGUGGGCUUUACUUGACAUUCCGCUCAGAAGACCUCAUUUUAACUCUUCUUUAAGCUUGAGAAGGCUCUCGUAUUUUCCUCUAUGGAGAGCUCGGCUGAAGCUACGAUGGACUGCCGCGAGGUCAAAGUUGAAACCUCGGCGGACAAGCAGUUGGAACUUCUUCUCAUUCUGGAAGAGGGGGAUGAACCUUCGGAUGUGAUAAACAGCAGAGAGAGAGGAAGGAGCGUACUGAGAGUGAGGACGGCUGAUGAAAACACAAACGAUGAUACGGGUGGCAUUACAGAAGAGGGCAGUUCACAGGAUCACAACAAUGUCCAAGUAGGAGAAAGUGAGAGUGAAGCAACACCAGAAGAAAUGAACGAGGAGAGGAAUGCAAGUCAACAAGAGGAGAAAACGGGAUGUGAAAAUAUUACAAAAACAGAUAAGAGGUUGUCAGACGGGACAGCCGAACAUAUGUCUGCGAGACCAGAGAAGAUGCCACAAGAUAAACCAAUCGCUCUGGCAGAAGUAAAGCUGCGGCCCAGAGACAGACUGAGCCCUGAUGAUGCAAAGCCAAUGGUUCACAGAUUAUCUCCAGAUUUUCCUGAUGCUCUGUGUGAGCUGUUAUAUACGAUACAGGAGGGCCGUCGGCUCAAUGACCAGCGCUGCUCGUUUCGCAUGGAGCGCCGCAGGAGAUGCUACUCUGAGCCCAGCACGCCUCGCCACAGCCAGAGAGUGGUGUUUUCCUCCAUGACAUCGCUGCAGAAGGAGGAGUUCUUCGAUUUGCUGGCGACAUCUCAGGGUCGUCGACUGGAUGACCAGAGAGCAAAACUGCAGGACGCUCCCUCCGCUCCUCCAGCUCCUCUGAACAAACGCAAAGAGAGGAAGAGCAGCAUCUGGAGGACCACAGAGGUCAACCGGACAGUUCCCACGCAAACACCCAACGAGGACUUCUACAACAUGAUCGUCAACACACAAGCCCAGGGGCGUCUGGAGGAGCAGCGCAGUGCAGCUCCAGGGCCGAUGGACGAUGAGGAUUUCUUUUCUUUGUUGCUGAAGGUUCAGGGCGGAAGAAUGGAUGAACAGAGAACGGAGCUUAAACCUGUUCAUUAAAGGGAUAGUUCACCCAAAAAUGAAAAUGUACUCACUAUUUACUCUCCCUUAAAUGGUUUCCUUAUGCUGUUGAACAUAAAAUAAGAUAUUUAGAAAAAUCCUGAAAACCCGUAAGCACUCACUACCAUAGUAGAAAAAAAAAAACAAAUACCAUGCAAGUCAAUUGCUCUGUCAAUACAUACUUUUAGAACGGUGUAUACAAGCGUAAGGUGUGACACAGCAAUUGACUUUAAUAGUAUUUGCUUUUCCUAUUAUGGAAAUAGUUAAUCGAUUUCAGCAUUUCACUAAAUACCUUCAUUUGAACACAAAAGAAGACAUUUUGAAAAAUUGCUGAAAUCCUGUAACCAUUGAUUUCCAUACAAGGAAAAACAAAUACUAUGGAAGUCAAUCCCAAUUCACCCACUUAUACUCUGUUCUCAAAGUAUAUACUUUUUUGUGAAGAAAAAGGACAUACUUUUGAGUGUGUAAGAAAAGAGUAGGUUAGCUUUGGGACAUCCUACUUCCUCAUUAACAGACCGUUAUGUUGCUUAGUUAAGGGCCCUGUCAUUCAUCUUCACACAUAAUCCACGUUUCUUUCAUAUUUAUAUUAAUACCUUACUGAAGAAGAAGCGUCAGGUUUAUCUGCUAUUCACGAGUCUUUCAUGCAGAGAAAUCUCCACAGGUCUUUGCAUAAAUAUGCAUUCAGAAGUUAUUGUCCAAACCAUAAGCUGCGUCCCAAAUCGCAUACUUAUGCACUAUUCUACGCCAUUUUGUAGUAUAAAUAGUGUAAGUAGUGUGUUCACACUGAAAAGUCUAAAAAUCAUAAGUGCACUUUAAUUACCCGGAUGAUGCACUCAUUCAGCCUGUAAAAUGAAGUGUGUAAUGAUGGACACUUCACGCACUCAAUGACCGCAGGUUUGCUUACGUAGUGGAAGGGGCGGAGCUAUUGGACGCACAUGUUGAAUAACUUUAUUUAUUUUGGAUGUUGAAAGCAAAAUUCUCCUACGAGAGUGAUUAUAGCGCCUCCCGAUGGUGAAUGCGGUUAUACUCAUGGCAGGUAAUAUUUGAUAAUUCGGUCGUUUAUUUUACGGAUUUGGCGACCGUCAAACGUCAUCAGGGAAACGGUUUGAAUUUCUGUUUAGUAAAAAAACAUUAGUGUGCCAUUUGGGACGCCACUACAUACAUAUACUAUCCCGUAGAGUGUGUAAGUGCAUAAGUACAUAGUGCAUGAGUGCAUAGUGUAUAGUGUGCCAUUUGGGACGCAGCUCUAGACUGUAAAAGAUAUGGAAGUCGUAUUCGUGACGUCACCCAUAGUUUUCUGAAGAACUUAAAAGAAGCUACAAGUAGGGGUGGCCACUUGUCGCCAUUUAGUUAGCGCGUCCUCGCACCGACCGGGGGAUACCAAACAAGGGCAAAGAGGCGGAGAGUGAGCAGAGCUACAGACACCUGCUGGCAUUUUGCUUAGGCGGGCUAUUCUUUGGGAGAAACGCUUAAACCUGCGACUCGUUUGUGUUCUGACCACAUGUGCUUGGUUGUACGCUAUAUCAAUAAAGUGUUUAGACAUUUAAAAACACUGUUGUAAUGAAUUGAGCAAGCAAACAUUGUUCUUGUGACGUUUUAUACAAGAGGAAAACACAAAUUACUUCCAAACACUUCAGAUAAAGUCUGUUUUAGUAAAUGCAAGGUUUUUUAUGAAAUCCAGGCAUGACACUGUAUUACAACGUUUCAGACGACUGUUUUAGAGCCUACAGCUAAUCAAUCUGUCAGAUUCUGGAGUGCUGUACAGGUCUAAAGAAAAUUAUAUAUGAUAAUUGAUCUUAAGUAAAACAAAUAUAUUUAUAGAUAUGGUAAGCAUAUAAUUUCACUUACCUGGGAAAUGGAGGCAACUUGAACAGUUUGUGAGCACAAUUAAAUGCACACAUAGUGCCAUAUCAUCUGAUAAUUGUAGGAAAUAAUUCCAAAAGGCAAUUGACUGUGUAAAGCCACAUAAAACAAACAAAAACACGUAUAUGCCGAGUUCAGCAGCUAAUCAGCCGGAAUCAGCUGAGAUGAAGUGAUGGCGACCAGCGAGACUUAGCUGUCACUCAAGUGGCCACGCCUUUAAUAAUGCAGACUUAAUAAAACCUAAUAAAAACUAAACGAAUGAGUU